UCCACGUGCCACGAGUUCUUGUCAGUCUGUUCCUGUGUGACGACGCUAGGCUUCGUUAUGGCUAGGAAACUUGUUGUCCUACUUGUGGCGUUGGCUGUCGCUCUCUGCCUCGUGAGCUGUGAGAAACCUAAAGACAAGCCUGGCAGGGAUGCCUCCACUGCAGCUGCGGAGGAGGUAGAGGAAGAUGGUGGCAUCGAAGGUCGCAGGUUCCGUGGUCGGGGACACGGUCAUGGCCGCAGAAAAAACGGGCAUGGCAGAAGAGGUGGUCCAGGAGGCCUCGGCCAGGACGGUAAACUUGGAAAUCCAGGAUACAUCGGAGAUCCUGGUUACCUCGGUGACCCAGGACAUGUUCACGGCCCUGGCAAACACGCCAUUGGAGACCCUAGCUCCGCUGGGGUGCCUGGAAUCGCAAGUGGGAUCGUGGGCGGACCUGGUCCUCUAGGAAUACCUGGAGUUGUCGGAGGUCCCGGCGUUGUGGGCAGCGGCUAUGCCCAAGGGUCUAGUCAAGCAGGAUUCAACAAGCAAGCGGAAGGCUUCAACCAGGGCAGCGGCGCGUUUGCAGCCGGUAGCAAGGUCACGAAAAUUGAAGGGUUCAGACAGACGGAAGGUUAUCGCACGGUUGAAGGCUUUGAGGAGACCAGUUUCAACCGGUACGGCACAGGUUCCGGAGCAUUUCAGGGAGGGUUUAACCAACAGUCAGCAGGAAAGUUCAACGAAAAAGGUCACCAGGGAGGUUCUGUGAGUGGCGUUGGGAGACGACGAUGACUGAAAAGAUGAACUGAGACAGCAAGAAUCUGCCUGGACCAAGUGUCGAGUGUGAUAACUGGAGUGGUGUUCAAGUUGAGCUGCACCGAUCUUGAGUGUCAAUCAAAUUGAUCAAUAUAUUAACGUAUUAUUAAUUAACGUAAUUCAUGAAUGGAACAAAUGAAUCAAUAUGUUAUUUUCAGAAUACUACUACAAUUAUGUUCUGUUCCUACGAGUGGAAUCACUCCGUGGGCAACUUGUGGGCGUGACGUCACGUGCUUUAUGCACGUGCCAUAUUUUCACCCCCACCCGUACAAAAGCAUGUAUUCCACACCCCCGUAGUGGCAAUAUGUGGCUAUCUUGCUGACAUCAUGACUGUGGCCAAACGGAAAACGUCACAUGGUUGGUAAGGCUUUUGUUUCAACGAUGCGUUUUGCUGAAAGUUUCGUCAUAUUUCACACUUCUCAGGUGAACAGGUUAGACGUUUCAAACAUAUGUGGGUAGCAGAGCUAACUAAGUUUUGCAGAAAACAUACUGAAUUAUGAGUCAAUGAAAGUUAUUUCCACAAAAGUUUGUGCCGCGAUCCGUGGAGAAACGAUUAGAAUUAUAUUACAAUUAGAGAAGAAAUAUAUGGAGAUGAUGGCUCCUCAAAACACAGGAGCCGAAUACUCCAAAUUACUUUAAAAAAUAAGAACUGGUGCACCUAAUAAGCAGGUCAGGUCACCAUAAGCAACACAAGCAAUAUAUACGUCAUAAGCAACGUCAGGUCACCAUAGCGACUUGAUGAGUUCGUAGCCUGCAAAUAAAUCAUUGACGGCUGAUUGAUUGAUGGGAACUCCAAUUAAAACUUUGUCGGUA